AUGAAUGUUUUUAAUCUAAGUCAAUAGCUCAUACAAAUCUUCCUUUCUGAUAAAAGCUCGUACUAUUUGUUAUUUAUCUUCAUCGCUUGCUUCUUCUAAUUUGUUAGGUUGAAAUCUAUUGACUUAAUGAAUGAUGAUGUCCUCCAAGUGGAGUUAUUUACCUUGACAGCGCUAGCUUUAGUGCUUGUUCUGGAUGCUUUUACUGGAUACAUCAUAUUGGUUAAAAGGGAAGGGAAGCGUUUCUUCAAGAGAAGCAAGUUUAAUGUAAAAUUUCAAAAUAUUUUAUAGAGACUCUUUUUACAUCUACAAAUUGAUCCAAAUCUUUCAGGCAUGUUUCAAGCAGCUCUUACAAUUCUGAAUGUACUUACUUAAGUUUAAGAAUAUAUAUUAUCAUAUUUAGGUAAAUAAUGA